CCUUUUAAGUGUCCUAUUCCAAAUUGCUGAGGACUUCUCAAAACCGUAGCGACAGAGGACGGACGUCCCCGAGACGGUUUCCCGAUCAAAAGAGUAACCGCCACCAUGAUCAUCGUGGACCGAAUCCGGGCGAAGCUGGACAGCUACAGCCCGGACACCCGGGGAUGGCUGAUCUGUGCUGCCGUGCUCAUGAUCACCGUUGUCAGGAGCGGAAUUACCUACAGCUUCGGCGAGUUCGUGGUACAGCUCCAGAAGACGUAUCAUCGACCUAUGGCAGAACAGAAUUGGAUAGGGACGCUCUCCUUCACCGUCUCACUAACCAGUGCUCCCCUGUCAGUCGCCCUGAUCCGCCUUUUAGGUUUCAACGGCUACCGCAAGGUGGCGCUUUCUGGGGUCCUGAUCCUCUCCGUGAGUUGCCUGGCCUCAUCCUUCGUGAGCAAGCUAGAAUGGAUGUUCCUGACCCACAGUAUCCUGUACGGAAUUGGCUCCAGUAUGCUUCUGAUGUCAUCCUCACUCGUCAUCGGUGAAUACUUCGACAAGGAACAUAAACACCACGUUUUAGCCACCAGUAUACUGUUAUGCGGUUACCCCGUCGGUAGCCUCGUCUUUAACCCGAUCAAUGCGUGGCUGGUCAGCACUUAUGGCUGGAGAGUUGGAUUCAGAGCAACAAGUAUUCUCAUCUUUAUUACUGGCAUGAGCUGCUGCUUUUCUUUUGUCUCAAAAAAGACGAGAGAGGAAUUGGAAGCUUCGGAAAAGGCCGCGGGAAAGAUUACGAUAUCAUGUGGAGGUGCAAAGGAACUCAGAGCCAGGCCCGAAAUAUUGCUUUGGCUCUUUGGAAAUACCUUAGGCUAUAUAGGAUUUUAUAUGCCAUUUUUAAAUCUGGCCUACUAUAUGAAACUCAAAGGAAUACUGACGACCGACGGAUCAUGGGCACUAACUUUACUGAGUUUAUUUGAGUGUAUAAGCUACAUUGGCGCGUCAUUAUUGGGCGACCGAUUAAAAGGAAAACUAAUCUAUGCCAAUGUGAUAGCCUCCUGUUCCUUAGCUGUCAUCUGUCUUAUAUGGCCAAGUGUUGAUGUUAAUUACGCUUUAAUUCUCGUUAUAGCUGGGGCAAUGGGUGUUUUCCUUGGCUUAAACAUAGUGUACACGUACGCAGCAUCUGGAGAAGUAACCGGUCUGCCGAUACAUAUAGCCUGGGCCGCAACGAAUGUCUGGUCAGGAAUGGGAAUACUCACCGGACCUUUAUUCUCAGGUAUGGUGUACGAUCUCCGACAUAACUACGAUGAUGUGUUCUACGUCAGCGGUGGCGUGUACGCAAUAGAUGCCGUUUUAUUCUGUGCGAUUCCAAUAGUUCGGCGUUUCCGGAGCGGAAAAGCAGUGUCGGAAUACGAUGAACUUGAUGGAAGCGUUGAACAAAACAACUUCCAGCAGCGAGAAUACCCACAACCUGACCACUAUGCCAAUCAAUUCCCCAAAACUGAUAACUUUGAGAAGGCUUUUAUACCAAACUCUGUAAGUGGCAGUGACUUCGCACCCGGUUAUGACAGCGCUGGAGACACAAUAAGAGCGUACGAGUCAGAGUUCAGAAAUGUGAAAAAAACAUUAUCGAAACAGGGUUUAGUUAAGAACGAAAAUGACCCAAUACUCUCCUCACCCGAAUAGUUUGCUAAAAUGACCGUUGGUAAUCAAUGAAAAUAUCACUCAUUCAUUAUAAGUGUCCAACCUGCCUUAUCGUAGAGAAUUUGACAUGGUAGUUUCCUGUAAUAUUUAAGUACUUUCAAAAGAUUGCAUCGUACCAUCACCGUUAUUUUUCGCUUGGACUUAUCUCUGUUUUCUUCACCGAUGUAAACAAUUUCACGCCGAAGUGUUAAGGAUAUGAUCAAUAAGUGUAUCAUAAAUCUGUCACUCUGCCAAUAGAACAAACAAACAAAAAUAAGAUUUUGCUAUGGUCAUUGUAAAAUUCACUUUAUCAACUCAAUAUAAACUCUCACAAUUCAAAUAGACACGCAGUCACACAUUCUUUGUAGAACUCUUCGAUAAAAGUCAGGUUGUACAAGUACUGUACGAAGGCAAUCUUGAAUGGGUAAACCAUUUGCCUAGUGGGAUAAUCGACACGUGGGAAUUUGCGACACAAUCCAGAUUUUUCAAAAGCUCAAAAAUCUUUUUUUUCUAAGAGAGUAUUUGGUCACAUGCAACGAAUAUAGAUCCUCUGAAUGUUGAUGUUAGAAAUCUAUCGUUUGUACAUAGUAGGCCUAUAGUAGCAUAGCAGAAUAGUAGACACCGUAGAUAUGCAACCGACAAGUUUGUCUAUUUUGCUUUGAUCCUAUCUCCUGGUUACAUUGAAACAACGAAUAACUGAGGCUUAUACUCAUAUCACGUGUAGAUGCGGAAUAGUAGUUUCUUCUUCUUCGUACCAGUGUCAAUAAGUCUAUGUAAUUUGGGAGAGAAUAUCCUUGUCUGGAUGGGUAAACAGACCAUGCAAGGUAUACAUACACUUGCGUAUUGCACACGCUUAUUGUCAUCGAGUAAUUGAGCUUGGCAAUUCUGAUGAUAAAGCUGCGUUGUUGAUCUCGAGAUUGUUGCCGAGUGCCAAAACUGAGUUACUCAGAACGACGUCAUCCACGUCUAACCAAUGGUAGUGGAUUAUGAUGGGAAUAUUAUUCAAUGGUCGUCUCUAGCUAUCUCCGGUCUGUAGCGUCCUGCUUUGUCCGUGCAGACAGUUUCAUCUUAAGAUGGAUCUUUGAUAAUGUCGUUAAUGAGUUAUCUGUGUAUCCUUGCCGAUACUUCUCUAAACUCUUGACAGUCCGAGCAGCAUUCAAUUACGUUGAAGAAGAUGGCUUCAAGAUUAGUCCAAUCGAAUAUUCCUGGUUAGCAGACGUUAUGGAUGGCCUGUGAAAAUACUGUUAGUUUAAACCUGCCUAGAUUAAGUUUUGCUAUAUCACAGCCAAGAAAGAUUAUGCACACAGUAAGGUAAUAUACGAUAUUCUAACCACUCAUUUGACAUGUUUGAACAAAGUGCACAGUUGGAGAACUGUUUGAGCAGCUCUGAAAUUAGUAUCACCCACGUGUAAUUUUUCUGUUGGAAGGAUCAAAAUGAAUUAUCGUGAAUUAUAGUGUGCUGCUCUUUCUUAGUCAACUUACCAAACGACAACCAAACAUCAUAGUUGUAGCACUAUAAUUGUGUCAAGGAAACUGCACUUUGGGUAAUUGAAACGGGUCAUCUUGUGACGGCAACCACCUACUUUUGGCAUAGUGUAUGAUUGUUUGGACCUUCGAAGCAUUCGCCAGGAAACCGAAGAAUAAUAUAGACACCAGUCCUAACCGCAGUUAGAUCUAAGAACGUCUUCAAAUCAAUCCUCAGCGAUUUACAACAUCCAGAGUGAGACGUGGAACAUUAAUGAUACAGAGCAAGGUGUCAAAACAGAUGGCUCCGAAUCGGGCGUACUUACAUCCCGAAGCCACACGCCAAGCAUAUGAGAACGAAAUACUGUUUGUGCCGAAUUGUAUUCACCGAGUUUUUUACUAGAGAUUCAUGCAAACUCGAAUUGAAGGUCAGGACUUUGGGGUCCAUAAGCAGCCAGGUAGUUAGUAUAUGUUUAUCUGUCUCUGACGCUACGAAUAGUCCCUUGCCAGAUCUUUCUACUGAAAGAUUGGGCGUCAUUCAUUCGACGGCCAAAACUUAAUUUUCCAUUAUUAACAAUACUCAAGAGAUCCGAUUGGUCAUGGCAAGGGGCUCCAACCAAGUCGUCGAAGAGGAAACAUGAUGUAGUUCUCUAUAUACUGUAUUGCACAAAAAAAGGUUUCCUAGAGUCCAAGAUCAUUUAGGGCGGAUGGGUGAAGAGGCUCUUAUCCCAAAGAGUUGUUCCGACGGUCAUGAAAACGGUACUAUUUUUGAGAAUGUCUUCAGAACCAUGGGGAGUAUUAUCAAUACAAUUGUUAGUUCUUCGAAUGUCACCGAGAUAAUCUCCAGAUGCUCUGCAGAGCUUGAAUUGAACUUCUAAAAUGUGACAGACGAAACAGUACCCUUAUCUGUGUGAAAAAUAUGUCUUAGGAGAUGUCUGGAAGGGACCUUUGCCCCCGGCCUCCCCCAUUGCUAAAUACGGCUCUGACUCACUUUCAAUGGAGUCCAAUAAUUUCAGUAAUGUUGAAACUCACCUGAUAGCACUUUUGGAUACAAGCACAGUACAAUACCAUAUAUGAUAGCUCUGUGUAUAUUCUGUGGAUAUAAUGAAUGUAAGUAAUGAUCCGUGAAUAUAUGUACAUGGAAAGUUUUAAAU